AUGUGCCUUUCUGGGAGGUAUGGGAGGGCGGCCUGGACCUUGCUUGUUGCUGGUGUUUUCACCAUGGUGGGUUUUCAGUUUGGAGCUAUCCAUGCUCGCACCAACGGCAUAUGGACGUUCUGGGCCGAAGAACACGAUUCUGAACAUGGGAACGGCUUGGUCGAGAGACGGGUGGCCGUGCUGAUCAUCGGCAGUGCUCGGACACUGGUGUGGCCAGCUGUUUGCCAAAAUAUAAAAGCCAACCUCGUCGAUGGCCUGCGCCAACGCAGGAAAGGAUCUGUUCAAUGGCACGUGGAUGUCUUCUUUUUCAUUGCUUUAACGGAUGCAGGUCCCAAGGGACGCAACCUGAGCGGUCAGAGACAUGGCAUCGAUGAGUUAUCGCAGUGCAAGGACAUACUCAAGCCGGUUCACAUAGAGCUGAUGCCUGAAACCUAUCCGAUGCCAAAGCAUGAAAGCUGCUUAAGCGCGCGAGACAUGCCUAACUACUGGAACCAGACUACAUUUUGGAAUGUACCAGGUGCGUCAGAGAGAAAGUACUCUCAGUGCAGGCGUGUGGUCGAGGCCUUCACUUAUGUGGAAAAGGUCUACGAGCCCAAAGCCGGCAAACGCUAUGACGCUUGGGUCCGUGCGCGAACGGAUUCCGUGUAUCUUGCUCCGGUUCCCCCAAUGGCAGAUUUUGAUUUGCGUAAGCUGACCAGUACCAGCUUGGCAAUGAUGGACCACUGGCAUCUGGUGUCCCGAGAUUGCAAGACUGCCCUUCCGUUCAACUGCAUCAAGUGCGGCCACAGCCAGUUUGACGAAUGCUCGAAUAGACCGGAGAUUGUCAGAAGUUUCGCCGUGCAAACUGUGGUGGCAAGGGAGAAAGAUGUCGCUUGGCUCCGGAAAACGCAGGGUAUUACUCAAUUAGCAGCUCGGCCGAAGCCGCAUGAGAAGCAAGGCUACUUGUUCGUGGAGUGCGACAGGUGGGUUCAAGAAUGUGGCAGACUGGUUAACAAGACAAAGGAUGGCCAGCACACUGUGAACGGAUCUUGGCACUCCUGCGACCCAAGCCCUUGCCGAAAGAUGCAGCUGGAAUUUCUUAAAGCGGAGUUGCCUGCUGAGCGGGCGCAGUUGCUGGAGCAACGCGGUUCUGAACAUAGUCGGGUGGCCGUGCUGAUUAUCGGCAGUGCUCGGACACUGGUGUGGCCAGCUGUUUGCCAAAAUAUAAAAGCCAACCUCGUCGAUGGCCUGCGCCAACGCAGGAAAGGAUCUGUUCAAUGGCACGUGGAUGUCUUCUUUUUCAUAGCUUUGACUGAUGCAGGUCCCAAGGGACGUAACCGGAGCGGUCAGAGGCAUGGCAUUGACGAGCUGUCGCGGUGCAAAGAGAUACUCAAGCCAGUUCACAUAGAGCUGAUGCCUGAAACUUAUCCGAUGCCAAAGCAUGAAAGCUGCUUAAGCGCGCGAGACAUGCCUAACUACUGGAACCAGACUACAUUUUGGAAUGUACCAGGUGCGUCAGAGAGAAAGUACUCUCAGUGCAGGCGCGUGGUCGAGGCCUUCACUUAUGUGGAAAAGGUCUACGAGCCAAAAGCCGGCAUACGCUAUGACGCUUGGGUCCGUGCGCGAACGGAUUCCGUGUAUCUUGCUCCGGUUCCCCCAAUGGCAGAUUUUGAUUUGCGUAAGCUGACCAGUACCAGCUUGGCAAUGGUCGACCACUGGCAUCUGGUGUCCCGAGAUUGCAAGACUGCCCUUCCCUUCAACUGCAUCAAGUGCGGCCACAGCCAGUUUGACGAAUGCUCGAACAGACCGGAGAUUGUCCGAAGCUUCGCCGUGCAAGCUGUGGUGGCCAGGGAGUAUGAUGCUGCGUUUCUUAGGAAAACACAAGGUUUUACUCGAUUGACUGCUCGGCCAAAGCCGCACGAGAAGCAAGGCUACUUGUUCCUCGAGUGUCAAAGACUUAACGAGGAAUGUGCCAGACUAGUCAACAAGACGAGAGAUGGCAAGCACACUGUGAACGGAUCUUGGCACUUUUGCGACCCAAGUCCUUGCAAGAAGAUGCAGCUGGAAUUUCUCCAAGCACCGCUGCCCCUCGAUUGA